GUGUAGCACGUGAUCAUAAUUGUGAUGUUUCCAUGGCGCUUCGUUGGUCGCUUGUGUUUGUCUUUGUGAAUGACGGGAAGGUCGAAAAAGAUGUCACAAGUCUGGCAUAAGAAAUCGACUGCUAGAUGACGCAACAGACAUUCUGACGAGGUCCCAUCAAGUGACCACUGCUGAAAACCCCAAAUAUCAAUGAGCACACGAUGACUGAAGGGACUACGCGGUAUUGACACCACAAUCAACAACAAUGCCCUCCGCCACCGAGGGCAUUCCUUCCUUACUAGCGGAAGGCUCACCGCACAGAGUGCGGCGUGAAUCUCUCCGAAUAUUAAAUCGAAACAUCGGACAGGUGGUCCUGGGAAAUCUCCUGUUCGAUACAUGGUACUACUCGCCCUAUCCUGAUAGCAUCAUCCAAGGCGUUAGCAACCUACCCUCGACCAGACAUGUGACGGGAGCAGCAGACCUGAGGAAUGGCAUCACACAUAGCAUGACGAAGGAGGGGCCGCUGUGUGCCAAAUUGUACGUGUGUUCCACGUGUUUUCGCUACUGUCCAGAGGAGAGAGACUACGUUCAACAUCUCAUACACCAUCGUGCGCGACGCGAACAAGGGCUUGAGACGCAACCGGUUCCGGAAAGCGCAGUGCAAGUAUACGAUUGGGAUGGCUACGCUGUGUGGGAAGUGGAUGGCGAAAAGGAAAAAUUGUAUUGCCAGAACCUGUCCUUGUUUGGCAAACUCUUUCUCGAGCAGAAGAGUGUCUUCUUCGAUACGGCGGGUUUCAAGUACUACACAUUGACAUAUACUCCACCGCUUGCGGCGACGCCACCUGGAGCCAAGGGUCGAGGGCGAAAGAGGAGUUUCUCGGCCCUCGACGACGAUCUGACGCCGAAGGCCCAGGUGCUGGGGUUCUUUUCCAAGGAGAAUCUUUCCUGGGACUCGAACAACCUCGCGUGCAUCCUCAUUUUUCCUCCGUUCCAGCACCGACAAUUGGGGCAGCUGUUGAUGGCGGUCUCGUAUAAACUCAGUGGAUGGGAGUGGGAAGGGGGCGUAAUUGGUGGGCCGGAGAAACCGCUGAGCGCAAUGGGACGCAAAAGUUACCUGCGCUUCUGGUCGGAGCGCAUUGCGCGGUUCAUGAUGGGGCAAACUGCAGACGCCGAUGCCCAACGGGUUUUCGCGCCAAAGCGAGGCAGUAAGAGAAGGACGGUCAAGCCAAGGAAGGAAGAGAUGACAGUCAAGGAACUUGGGGAUCGCACAGGCAUGCUGGGGGAAGAUGUGGUUGCGGCGCUCAACGAGAUGGGCAUCUGCAAGGUGACGGUUCCUCGACGCAAGAAGAAAAAUUCCCUAGAAACACAGGGUGGCGGUAAUGGGCCCAGCAGUCAUACCGACCAGGAGCAGGCUGAGGACCUGGCGACGGUGGUUGUCCAUCGUUCCAAGAUUUUGGAGUGGGCCGAAAGUCGAGGCGUCGACCUGACCAGUGCGGUGCGAGAGGAGGGAUUUCUGGGAGAAUGGGCACUGAGCGACACGGAUGAAUCAGGCACUGAUGCCUCGGGCACCGGGGACCACUCCAGUGAUGAUAAUGAGGACAAUGGUAGCUCGCCAUAAUGGGGAAGGGAUUUCCCACAGAGAGCGUGUACGCGUAGUCCCCGAUGCCCGAAGAUCGGUCGGUGGGGUUACUAAGUACACUGGACGAAGAAACAAGGAGGAUGGGCACUUGCAAGCAAGCAGAUAGGCAAUCAUGGCAAGUUUCACUAAAGGGUACUUAUGGAUAGUCGUAAGGAGAUGGUAGGAUCGACUCGAUCGACAGUUUUUGAGCGGAGCACGAAUAUCGCCUGGGACGAGAAUGUACUCCGUAUUCCUUACCACCAUGCCCCAGUGUUAAACGUUCGCCACUUUUCAUG